ACGCAUCAUUUUUCAAUCUUUUGGAAAAAUGGAAUAGCAUCUCUCCUGUAUGCCAGUGAAUGGGUUGAAUUGAAUGCUUAUAACUUCACCUCAACAACUCUUAGGCUACAGGGCAUGGUUGUACUUCUGCUUUUCCAGCUAAACUCAUCUGGGCACCGGUCAAAGUGUAAACUUUCUUCAAUUUCAACCAUGUUUGUGCGCUUUUGGAUGCUGGGUGUCUACAAGUUCGGGUAUUUACGGUGAAGAAAUUUUUGGUCACUUGAAAUUCCGGGUCAAGCAUGAAGAAAUUCAUGGUUUUGCUCCUUGUGACAUGGAUUUGGAUAUGUGGUGUUGCUUACAGCACAACGCCUGCCAGUGUGAACAUUGGUGCGGUUUUUGCUUUCGAUUCGGUCAUAGGUAGAGUUGCGAAGGAAGCUAUGGAAAUGGCCAUUUCUGAUAUCAAUAAGGACCCCAAUGUUCUUAAUGGAACCGACCUCAACUUGAUAAUGAAGGAUGCCAUGUGCAAUGCUUUUCUGGGAUCAAUCGGAGCUUUUCAGGUACUUGAGAAAGGGGUUGCAGCCAUAAUUGGUCCCCAGUCAUCCGCUGUAGCUCACACGAUUUCUCAAAUUGCUGAUGCUCUCCAAGUUCCUCUUGUUUCAUAUGCUGCCACUGAUCCGACCUUGUCCUCCCUUCAGUUUCCUUUCUUUAUUCGUUCUACGCAAAGUGACUUGGCACAAAUGACUGCAAUGGCUGAUCUUAUUGACUUUAAUGGAUGGAAAGAGGUCAUUGUUGUAUUCUUAGACGACGAUUAUGGAAGAAAUGGAGUAUCUGCUUUGAGUGAUGAACUUGAAAAAAGGAGAUUGAAAAUUUCUUAUAAACUUCCUUUGAGUAUUAAGUUUGAUCCGGAUGAAAUCACCAACUUACUCAAUCAAUCUAAAUUGUUUGGUCCUCGUGUGUAUGUUAUUCAUGCCAACCCUGAUCCGAGCUUGAGAAUUUUUUCUAUUGCCCAUAAACUUCAAAUGAUGGCCAAGGAUUACGUGUGGCUUGUCACGGAUUGGCUCUCAGCUACACUAGAUUCAUUAUCUCCAGUGAAUCGAACCUCUUUCAGUGCUCUCCAAGGGGUUGUUGGUCUUCGUCAACACAUUUUGGAUUCCCAAAAAAAGAGAGAUUUUGUUUCUCGGUGGAUGAAAAGGCAAAAAGAUGGAUUGACAAAUACUAGUUUGAACUCCUAUGGAUUUUCUGCUUAUGACACGGUUUGGGCAAUUGCACUUUCAAUUGAUAAGUUCCUCAAAGUAAAUAAUUUUACCUUCAUGCUUCAUGAUAACUAUAAGUUAUCUCAUACAGAAGGAAUUGGCGUUCAGCUUGACAAACUCAAAGUCUUCACUGGUGGAUCUGAUCUGGUUAAGAUAUUAUUACAAUCAAAUUUUACUGGUGUGAGUGGUCAAGUUCUGUUUAAUUCUGACAGAAAUAUUGUGAGUGGUGGUUAUGAUAUUAUCAAUAUCAAUCAGUUGGGAAUUUCUAGGGUUGGUUUUUGGUCUAAUAAUUCUGGAUUUUCAGUUGUACCCCCUGAGACUCUUAAGAAAAGGGCACACAGCAGGUUUUCCAAAGAUCAGAAGCUUGACAACAUUACUUGGCCUGGUGGAAAGACAGAUCGACCACGUGGCUGGGUGAUUGCUGAUAAUACCAAGCCUCUGAGAAUUGGAGUGCCAAAAAGAGCAAGUUUUGUUGAAUUUGUAACUGAAGUGCCAACUAGUCAUGAAAUUCAGGGGUAUUGCAUCGAUGUGUUCAAGAAAGCCCUAGAAUUUAUUCCAUAUGAAGUUCCCUAUGUAUUCAAGCCUUUCGGCAAUGGUAAAGCAAAUCCCAAUUAUGAUGAACUUGUGAAAAUGGUUGCUGAUAAUGUAUAUGAUGCUGUUGUUGGAGACAUUGCAAUUGUGACAAACCGUACAAAGAUUGUAGAUUUUUCUCAGCCUUUUGCAUCAUCUAGCCUUGUCAUAGUGGCUCCUAUCAACAAAUCAGGAUCAAGUGCUUGGGUGUUCCUCAAACCAUUUACAGCAGAUAUGUGGUGUGCUACGGCUGCCUCAUUUUUGGUGAUUGGAAUUGUUAUAUGGAUUCUUGAGCACCGAGUCAAUAAUGACUUCCGUGGUCCUCCUAAGAAGCAAAUUGUAACAAUGUUAAUGUUCAGCCUCUCAACCCUGUUUAAGAAAAAUCAGGAAGAUACCAUAAGCUCCCUUUCUAAAAUGGUGAUGAUAGUCUGGCUUUUUCUGUUGAUGGUGAUCACGGCUAGCUAUACAGCAAGCUUGACUUCAAUUCUUACAGUGGAGCAGCUUUCAUCCCCCAUCACAGGAAUUGAGAGCUUGAUUGCAAGUAGCUGGCCUAUAGGGUACCAAGUGGGGUCAUUUGCUUACAGCUAUCUGGCAGAUAAUCUUUAUAUUUCAAAAUCAAGGCUUGUUUCAUUAGGCUCCCCUGAGGAAUAUGCUUUAGCAUUGCAGAAGGGACCUUCUGGUGGAGGGGUGGCAGCUAUUGUAGAUGAGCUUCCAUAUGUUGAGUUAUUUCUGUCAAAAGAAACUGAUUUUGGUAUCAUUGGACAGCCAUUCGCAAGAAACAGUUGGGGAUUUGCUUUUCAAAGAGAAUCUCCUUUUGCCUUUGACAUGUCUACAGCAAUUUUGAGACUUUCUGAGAAUGGGGAUCUUCAUAGGAUACAGGAGAGGUGGUUCUGUAAAAUGGGCUGUCCUGAAGAAAGGACAAGCAACUCGAAGCCUGACCAGCUUCACUUGAUUAGCUUUUGGGGCCUGUAUCUUUCAUGUGGUGUUGUCUCUCUUGCUGCACUCGUUCUGUUUCUGCUGCGAAUGAUUCGGCAAUACGCCCGCUUCAAAAAAAAGCAAAAGGAUAUUGCUUCUUCGUCCUCAGAACAACCAUCAGGCAGCCACUGUUCCCAGGUUGUUGUUAACUUCUUUAACUUCAUUGAUGAGAAGGAAGAGGCCAUCAAGAAAAUGUUCACUCCAUCUGACAAUCAUCACAACCCCAACUGAGUUCAUUGUAGUUGUGUUGCAAACAGGUUGUUUCCUUAAGAUGUUUAUAUGAUACCUGAUUGAAAUAUAGUCUUUGUAUAGUGACAAAUAAUGUUUAUAGGAUUUGUUCUGUCACAGUCUCUGUAGUCGAAUAGAAGUGCUGCUGCAUAACAUAAGUGGGUUUACUCAUGUCCAUUGCAGCAUGUUGUGCAAUUUGAGUGCUAAUCAGUUAUACCAUUUACUUGCUUCUCUA